GUUGACGACAAUAAAGUUCAAAUUAUGUACAAGUUUAAGAUAAAAGAAUAUAACUAAAUGAGUCCCCGGCUGAGCAACAAAAGUAAACUGGACUGGUUUCCAUUCUCGGAGAUAUAACAAUAAUUCAGAAGAUAUAAUAUUAUUGGAGCUGACAUUUCUGAUGUAAGGUUUACAAGAACUUAUAAAAAAGUUUUUUUAUUAAGUCGGCAGAAGGCGGCCCAAUUUCGGUGUCCGGCCCACCGGGCUUUCGCCCGGAGUCCCGGCGGUCCCAUCCGCCCCUGAAAACUUGUGGUGUUUUUUGUAUAAUUGCUCUAAAUAUUUCAGUAUGAGCUGCUCAUCUGAUGCCUCAGAAAUCAUCUUCUAGAAAAUACUGUCUUAUUCGGGCAAAGAGAUAAUCGCGUUUAUUCUGGAUUUUACAAGAAUGGAUUACAGAUAUAUAAAGGACGGUAUCAGUUAGAAGUUUUAAUAUUGACUGUGAUACGAUUUAGAUAGUGAAUAUUGUAAACUUGUAAAGAAUUAAGUUGUUUGAGUUAAUUAGUGUAGUAAUCAGUGUCGGAGUGAAUAGUAACGUGGAAUAAAUUAUUGUUGUGUUAAUUGGACUUUGAAUUUGGAAUAAACGAACCCAAGAUUUCUGUCAAGCACCCCAGAGCCAUGACAUUGGUGUCGGAAGUGAGAUAUAAUUCGAGUACUGCAUAGUGAAAUCCGAUUGCAGAGUAGUCUGGACAUUAGUGUGGACAUUUAGUCAGUGUAAGCAGUGACAAUGAGAAGAAAAGACUUAACCGAUUGUGUAAAUUACCCCGGAAGUGACUGUAUACCCAAUUUUUACUGUGAUAGUGAAUUUUCAACUAGAAAGGAUACCACAUCAUUAAUGUCUGCUCUAGAUGGCCUAAACUAUAUCCGGAAAAGAAAAAUCCUCAUCAAAACUGAAGUUUUUGAGCUAAACAGUUAUUCAAUAAUGACAUAAUAUACUGGGGGGAUACGAAAAAUCAAUUUAUAUGCCACAGCGUUAGUCAUCAGCUGUAGAAGAGAGCAAUGCACACAAGUUAUCCCCUUUUAUUGAUCUAGAUAGAAAGGGGAGAAAAAUGGCGCUCGAUUUCGCUGCUACGUACAAAAUCCUCGUCCUGGGGGACUCUAAUGUCGGUAAAACUUGUAUUGUGCAUAGAUUUUGCGACGAGAGAUAUUACGAAACCUAUAUAUCGACUAUAGGUAUCGAUUUCAAACAAAAAAUUAUAAACCUCGACGGAGUUCCGAUAAAACUUCAAAUAUGGGAUACGGCGGGCCAAGAACGUUUUAGAACUUUGACCACGGCUUAUUACAGAGGUGCAAUGGGGAUUUUGCUACUUUACGAUGUGACUAAUUUAGAAAGUUUCAACCACAUUACUUAUUGGCUACAAAAUAUUGAAGAAAAUGCUUCACCUCAUUGUAUGACAGUUUUAGCUGGAAAUAAAUGCGAUUCCAAAGAUAGAAUAGUGGAUACUGAGAAUGGACAAAAGAUUGCUGAACAUUUUGAUUUGCCAUUUUUUGAAGUAUCCUGUAAAGACAACAUAAAUAUAGAGAAAUGUUUUAUGUGUUUAGCCAGGAAAAUUAGAGAGAAAAGAGAACAAAAGGGCUAUCCAUUCCUGGAUCCACCACCAAACGACGAAAAACCAGACCUGCUCAAACCCAAAUCUGAUCUUCGAGGGUGCUCUUCGUCGACUUGUUGAACUUUUCUUUAUUUGUAAGGGUAUUUUUUAGGAAGACUGCCACCUGUUUUUGCUCUUGUUUCGAAACUGUAUUUCUGUUAGUAAAAAAUUUACACUAAAUUAAUUAUUGGCUCAAAAAAAAAAAUUAACUAAAUGUAUUGCUACAUUACUGUGAUUUUUUGCAAAAGCAAAGCUGAUUGUCGCUAGAUUUGUACAGGGUGUAGACAAAAAUUGGUGUCUAUAAUUUGCGUGCUAAUUAAGAUUUCAUUCCUUUAAGGGAGAAGCCAGUUUUGUUCAAAACAGCACAAACGUUUUUUGUUCCAUUUCAGUAUCAUUUUUAAGACUGAUUAUUAUAAAAUGUAGUUUGUCAGACACAUUGUAUAUUUUUCAGUUGAAAAAUAGCACACUUUAGGAUUUAAAUAUAAAAGAACACUAUCUAUGCCAAUUAGUUCAUUUUGGAGAAGCUUUUGAAAAUACCAACACAUUAACAAAAUAUGUAGUACUGAUCACCAAAAAUCACCUCAAAUCAUACUGCCGCUAGUAACUUUUCUAAUACAGAUGUAAAAAGUGUUCUAACAUUUUUAAAAACCUCUUAAUAAAUGAAAUAUUAUUACAGGGAGUAUUAAGCAAAUUGGAUUUUCAAUUAUGAUCUAUUUCAGGUCCCAAUUAAAUUUUAAAAUAUUGUUACUGUUUAGAAUAUUCCAAAAAAUGUCAAUUAUUAUUUCAGAAAAACAUCGAAUUUAAUUAUUAAUUUUCUUCUUUCACUGCGUAUACGAAAAUUGCCUAAAAGAAAAAUUGCUAUUUAGCCAAGGGACCAUUUGCGAAAAAUAAUAAAUAUUCAAAUUGAUUGCAUUUAAAUUGUGAUAAGUUAAGAGUUUGCAAAUUUUAUGUAUUAUAUGCCCAUUUAAAUAAUUUUUAGAGUGUGAAAUUGGUAUUAAUAAAAAAUAUGAAAAAUACUAAACAUUUACUUCUCCACUCUGUGUCUUUAUUUGAAAAAAAAAAAAUAUAUAUAUAUUAUUGUGAAUUAAUAAAUAAUACAAUAAUUAGCAUAUUUUUUAUAUUCAAUAUCCUCAAUAAAAAUCGGAACACUAUUCACAGUUCAUAGUCCGAUUAAGGAAAUGAAUAUAGGUAAAAAAUAAAAUAACUUUUUCUUGUUUAAUCUAACAUUAUCACAUUAUACAAUAAUUUAUUUAUAUUUUAUAAAUUAAAUCUAGAUAUCGUUCAGCUAAAUGACUUUUACAGUGUGUCAAAAAGCCAAUUCUCAAUACAAUGAAAAUUAGCAUUAAUAAAUCUCAAUAAUGUCAUUAUCACUUGCAUUAGCGAAUAUUUGCCAAGAUAUAUUUUCACAGUUUUUUGACAAAAUUCGAAUUAAUAUAUCUUUCUGGUGUACUCGCAUAAAAAAAUUAUGAACAUGCUACAUUAAAAAAUAAAACAUACUUAGGACUAAUUUCUACCAAUAUUUUUGCACUCAAUUAUGAACUGAAUUCUUCAAAACUUGAAUUUGACAGUGUAAUUCUCAGCUACACUCAAGGAAAGCUUUGACACACUAUAGUAACAAGGGCUAGAAAAGUUUGCGUUAUGUAGUUAAAGAGUUAAUAGAGUUUUGGAGGCAUUAACAAAUCAAAUUAUCAAUUUUCCAUAAUUCAAAAAGAUACAAAUCAGUUGAAUAUUCUUGAAUCGCUCAGAGAUUUUACCAAAUAGAGCCAAAUUUUUAUUUUUCAGAAAUAAUUAUUGUUAAACCUCCGUAACUAGAAUAGCUCCAAGCAGAUAAAUAAAAGCGUCCUAAAAGAGUUUUGUGUGUGUAUACCUUUUAAUUUAGCAAUUAAAUUAUAUCCAUCUAUUGAAAUCAUAUGUUUAGAAAAAGUUGUCUUUACAAAAUAUUUAAUUGGUUGCCUAAGCUACAACGCAUUACCCCCCUUCUACGACUACUGGAAAUUCCAAUUAUUACUGGAGCCCGAUUGAUCCAUUUCAUUAUUAUCUCGACUACUGGAAGGGGAAGCACCAAAUAGAGACCGGAGCACAUUUUGUACGUUGACUGCUACAUUUAAAGAAAACAUUUUAAUAAUUGAAAUACUGAACUCUGAUAUAACGAACUUUCGGAGAUAACUAAAAAAAUAUUCACUCACUCCAUAGGUUUUUUUUUCACCAUUAAAAACCUAGAAAUAUCAAGCUUUGGUUGUUAGAAAAGCCUAUACAAGUUAGCUGGCCCGCAACUUUUCCUGAUUCAAUACACAGUACAAAGCAUCCAUUGGAUUCUAAUUGUCAUUCUGUGGAACACUGGAAAAGUAGUCAGCAAAAGCCUACAUUGGUUUAACUCGGUUUAUUAUCAUCAUAUCACCAGUGUAUUUGGUUUUACCCACAUUUGAAUAUGAGUGCAAAAUAUUUCACCAUCCUCUUGGCUCUAGCAGUUUAUUUUGUUCUUGAAAAGACCAGUUAUUCUCAGCACUUCUGUUGCUUCUAUGUAUGUAUAGUCCAUAGUUAUCUUUCUAGUUAUAUCACAUUCUAGAAUGAUUCAGUCAAUUUUUUACAGGCAUUGCAGAGAGCCCUCCAAAAGUUCCUUUCAAAGAUUGGCUUUUUAUGGGUGCACACUGGUUGUUUCUGUGUCAGGUGGGAAAAUUGACCAGCUUAAUGAGGAAAAAUGUACAAAAUAUUCCCUAUACUUAGAUGAGAUCAUAAUAAGAAAGUUCAUAACACCAAACAAAUACCUGCAAGGGUUAUGAUUAAAUAAUUGUUAAUUAAUAACCCUAUAUCAAAAAUACAAAAUAUCAGAGUUCAUUAUGUAUGUGGUCAAAAAUAAACCAAACAAAAUCUUACCUUGCCCAGCAGCAUUUUCUGCACCUGUAUGAUCAGCACCAACACUCUGACCUCCUCCCCCUUCACCAUCACCAGUUAAAUUUUGUCUACAAAUAGGACAGGUACCGUGAAGUUCAAGCCAGGGUCGUAUACACGCCUCGUGGUAUAUGUGAAGGCAAGGAAGUUGCCUCACUUUUUCCUGCAACGCAAACUGUUCCCAGCACACUGAACAUUGCAUAUUUUGGGCGACCUGCUCUUGAGUUACUUCUACCACUUGUAAACCGUCAAUGACUGCUUUAGAUACUGGCGGGGGUCCUGUGCUGUCCAUUUGAUUCAAUAACUGAGUGACUAUUGCGUCUAAGCCUUCCCUACCCCAAGCAUAAUCACCUGGGUUUCCCAAAAAUAACUGGACAUUUCCUGGACCUCCGAGGUUUACCCCUACUCCCAAAUUUAUUAUAAAAUCUUGGACUAGAUGCUCUAUGGGUAGUUGUUGUCUUAAAUUGGAGGAGGCUAAACGAGUCAAC